AUGCCUGGUAAGGUCAAGACCUGGCCUGCAUGGCGGGAGUACCCUUCCUAUCAGGACUCUUGUCAACCCAAAGACCAAGACUAUGUCCAAUCCAAGAAAUCUGUCCUCCAGGAAUAUGGCGCUGAUGCGCUCAAGUCAAGCUGGCUACAGGUGUGCCACGACCUCGAAGAUAUUUCGAUGGACAUUGCAAACAAGCAAAGCAGCUGUAUACCCAUAUUCCACGCCAAGGAUAUCCUCGAUGAAGGGUUCUCCCAAGACCAAGUACAACAGAUCAAGCGCUAUGGUUGUUUUAUUGUUCGUCAAAUCAUCCCACAAGAAAGCGCGGCUCGACAUUAUCAGGAGCUAAAGACCUAUAUCACGGAAAAUCAAGCUCAAAUUCAGGCCUGGCCUACUAGUUCCCCAAGUAUGCUUCUCCUAUAUGAUUCACCAACCCAGAUUGCGGUACGAACACAUCCUAGCCAUCUCAAACUACAGCAGACAUUAAAUAAACUCUGGCAUGACGAUACGGGAAAGACAAUCUCAACACCGUUAUUGUAUAGUGACGGAGUUCGUGAUCGCCCUCCUAAUCAGACAUUCCUUGGCCUUGGCCCUCACAUCGACGCGGGAAGCCUUUGUCGCUGGGCGGAUUCAGAUUAUCGAAAAGUCUACAAGAGGAUAUUCUCAGGCAAACCGAGAGAACAUGACGCCUUUGACCUCAGUGUACGAAAACACGCCAAUCAGUUUCUUUAUCCAGGGCCUGCUCAUUCAACAGUGUUCCGGUCUUUCCAAGGAUGGACCGCUCUAACCAAGGCAGCACCAGGACAGGGGACCAUACUACUCUAUCCCAACGUCUCUACCGUGAUUGCAUAUAUCCUACUCCGGCCAUUUUUUCAACCUCCAACCGAUGCGGAAGAUAUCCUAGACGCCAGCAAGUGGAGAUUCGAUGCAGAAGGCAGUUAUUUCCCUGGAACUUUCAAGGAACAGAGUCAAUAUAUCAGUAGGACAUCUCAUCCGCACCUACGACUAGAAGAUUGCCUUGUUCAUAUACCAUCUAUCCAACCAGGUGAUUCCGUUUGGUGGCAUGCAGAUCUCUGUCACGCAGUCGAUCCUGACCACGAUGGUGACGAAAAUGCUUCCGUCAUCUACAUUGGCUCCUGUCCAAGUACGCCUGUCAACCAAGCUUACAUUAAAACCCAGCUUCAAGCCACGCUAGCUGGGAAGCCGCCUCCCGACUACGCCGAAGGCCUAGACACGGACGAGACACAAUUCAAGGGAUAUGUGGGACACCAGGGUCUCUCGGAGGAGGCUCGGGGAGCACUGGGCUAUGGCCUCUAA